GUCCUAGUCCUGAAAAGAUGGAAGUUUAUGGUUGAUACCAAACAAUAAGAGGGGGGUGUACAAGUGUGUGCGUCGUACAGUGCGUGAGACAGGAAUUUAAAGAUCGCGCUCUCUCCUCCUUGAAGUCACAGUCCCCACAGCUCUUCAAUGGUUCCCCCUUGUUGGUGAGAUAGCCCGGGCGCUAAGGGAGUUCCCACAACGCAUGCGCCUACUCACACACCCCAAACCUGCAGGAGAGGACAAUGCAGCGCGCACCGGCGAGAACCAAGUGAGGAAACAGAGAGCAUCACUAGCAUUGAGCUCCUCCUCUUCACCGCAUCACAACCCGGAACGGCCCGGGCUCUGAGCGCAUCAGGACAAGGCUGUGGAGCAGCGAGGUGAAUCCGCUGGCAGCUGCACGGGGUGGUAUCGUGGUUUCCCGCUGACGGGUGCCGGGUUGAUUAGAAAAGCCUCUCUCUGUGUGUGUGGAACGAACAUCCGGCCUGGAAAAAGCUUGAAUUUUCAAGCGUUUCCAGCAACUGCCUUGAACAUUUGUGAGUGACAGAACUGACCACAACACAUGGAGCAAGCAGGGAAACCGGGCUCAGGGCAAACUGAGCAGGGAAAGUCCCCAUCCAGUUCUCUUAACCCGCAGCCUUCACAGACUGCUUCUCCAUCAGGCCAGGAUUUGCUAGUUGAUGAUACACAGGCUGGACGACCCAUGGGGCCUACACCGAGCCAAAGCCGCUUUCAAGUGGAUCUGGUCACUGAGGGAUCUAAGGAGGCAGCUGCACAGGAACUGCAACAGCAAGAAGAUGGCGUCAAGCAAAGGUGUAGAGGUGGUUCAGGCAGUGAUGAGGCAAAAGGACGCUUUAGAGUUAAUUUUGUGGACCCAGCUGCUCCUGAAGGUAUUUCACCAGAAAACGCAGAUGGUGGUAGUGGUGGAGUCAGCUUCCAAAAUGGAGACACUGUCUUAAGUGAAGGGAGCUUACAUUCUGGUGGAACUGGACAUCACUAUCAUUAUGACACACAUACUAAUACUUACUACCUUCGGACUUUUGGGCACAACACAAUUGAUGCAGUGCCAAGGAUAGACUAUUACCGGCACACAGCUGCUGACCUUGGUGAAAAGCUACUGAGACCCAGCUUGGCAGAGCUGCAUGAUGAACUGGACAAGGAACCUUUUGAAGAUGGCUUUGCAAAUGGUGAAGACGGUACUCCAACAGGCGAUGCAGUUACUAAUGUUGCAGAUAGUAAAGGUGUAGUCAAGUUUGGUUGGAUUAAAGGUGUUUUGGUCCGAUGUAUGCUAAAUAUAUGGGGUGUGAUGCUCUUCAUCAGGAUGUCCUGGAUUGUGGGCCAGGCUGGCAUUGGGUUGACUAUUGUAGUCAUAGCAAUGGCUACUGUGGUGACCACUAUCACAGGACUGUCUACAUCAGCCAUUGCCACCAAUGGAUUUGUGAGAGGAGGGGGUGCAUACUACUUGAUAUCUCGCAGUCUUGGUCCAGAAUUUGGAGGUGCAAUUGGACUGAUAUUUGCAUUUGCAAAUGCUGUAGCAGUGGCAAUGUAUGUUGUAGGUUUUGCAGAGACUGUUGUGGAAAUACUUAAGGAAAAUGGUGCUCUUAUGGUGGAUCAAUUUAAUGACAUACGAAUUAUUGGUGCAAUCACAGUUGUGUUGUUGCUUGGAAUCUCUGUUGCAGGAAUGGAGUGGGAAGCAAAGGCACAAAUUGUUCUAUUGGUCAUUUUGCUCUUGGCAAUUGGAGACUUCUUCAUUGGAACAGUCAUCCCAUCUGAAGAAAAGAAACCAAAAGGUUUUUUCGGGUAUAAAGCUGAUAUUUUCAGUGAAAACUUUGGACCAGAUUUUCGAGGUGAAACUUUUUUCUCGGUCUUUGCAAUUUUCUUUCCUGCUGCAACUGGCAUAUUAGCAGGCGCAAAUAUCUCAGGUGAUCUUGCGGACCCUCAACAUGCCAUACCUAGAGGAACAUUACUGGCCAUACUUAUAACAACUGUGGUCUACAUAGGUGUUGCAGUCUCAGUGGGGUCAUGUGUUGUCCGUAAUGCUUCUGGGGAUGUUAAUAGCACCCUUUCAGCUUCCAUGACAAAUUGCACUACCGCAGCAUGCAAUCUGAAUUACGACUUUUCAUCUUGUGGUCAAGACUGUAAAUAUGGACUAAUGGAAAACUUUCAGGUAAUGAGCAUGGUCUCUGGAUUUGCACCCCUCAUCACUGCAGGAAUUUUCUCUGCUACUUUGUCAUCUGCCCUUGCCUCAUUAGUGAGUGCACCAAAGGUCUUCCAGGCUUUGUGUAAAGACAACAUAUAUCCUGGGCUCCAGAUGUUUGCUAAAGGAUACGGAAAGAACAACGAACCCCUCCGUGGCUACAUUCUAACUUUCCUAAUUGCUCUCGGAUUUAUAUUGAUUGCUGAGCUAAAUCUGAUUGCACCCAUCAUCUCCAACUUCUUUCUGGCUUCUUACGCCUUAAUAAACUUUUCCGUGUUUCACGCCUCCCUUGCCAAGUCUCCAGGAUGGCGUCCCGCCUUCCGAUACUACAACAUGUGGGUGUCACUCAUUGGAGCUCUACUGUGCUGUGGAGUCAUGUUUGUCAUAAACUGGUGGGCUGCUCUUUUGACAUAUGUUAUCGUUAUUGGACUGUAUAUAUACGUCACAUAUAAGAAACCUGAUGUGAACUGGGGAUCCUCAACACAAGCCUUGACAUAUCUGAAUGCUUUGCAGCACACUAUUCGUCUUUCAGGUGUAGAAGACCAUGUGAAAAAUUUCAGGCCACAGUGUCUUGUUUUAAUAGGAGCACCAAAUUCACGUCCUGCUUUGCUUCACUUAGUACAUGCCUUCACCAAAAAUGUUGGCUUGAUGAUCUGUGGGCAUGUGCACAUGGGUCCUCGCAGACAAGCUAUGAAAGAACUACUUACUGAUCAAGCACGGUACCAGAGAUGGCUUAUCAAAAACAAGACUAAGGCAUUCUAUUCACCUGUUCAUGCGGAAGACUUGCGGGAUGGAGCACAGUAUCUUAUGCAGGCUGCAGGGUUAGGACGGAUGAGGCCAAAUAUACUUGUGGUUGGCUUUAAGAAGAACUGGAGUCAAUGUGAUAUGAGAGAAGUGGAAACCUACAUUAACUUGUUUCACGAUGCCUUCGACUUUCAGUAUGGAGUGGUUGUUAUUCGAUUGAAAGAAGGCUUAGAUAUUUCUCAUCUCCAAGGUCAAGAGGAGCUACUGUCAUCUCAAGAGAAAUCUCCUGGUACCAAAGAUGUCGUGGUUAAUGUAGACUAUAGCAAAAAGGCUGAAGCAGAAGCUUCAAGACCAUUUGCCAGUGACAGCAGUCCUAUGAUGCGGAAAGAUGAGGAAGACGAUGGCAAGACACCAACACAACCACUGUUGAAAAAAGAUUGUAAAGGUCAAGGUAUUUCACUGGACACUGCUGAUCAAAGGCUUUUGGAUGCUAGCUUGCAGUUUCAGAAGAAACAAGGCAAAAGCACCAUUGAUGUUUGGUGGCUUUUUGAUGAUGGAGGUUUAACAUUGUUGAUUCCAUAUUUGAUUACUACAAAGAAGAAGUGGAGAGACUGUAAGAUCCGAGUUUUUAUUGGUGGCAAAAUCAAUAGGAUAGAUCACGACAGGAGAGCGAUGGCAACCUUACUCAGCAAGUUUAGAAUUGACUUCUCUGACAUCAUGGUCCUUGGGGAUAUCAACACAAAACCAAAGAAAGAGAAUGUGGCAGCUUUUGAAGAGAUGAUUGAACCAUUCAGACUUCACGAGGAUGAAAAAGAACAAGAAGUUGCCGACAAAAUGAAAGAAGAAGAGCCCUGGAGAAUUACAGAUAAUGAGUUAGAACUUUAUAAAACUAAAACACACCGUCAGAUUCGAUUGAACGAGUUGUUGAAAGAGCACUCAAGCACAGCAAAUGUCAUUGUCAUGAGCCUUCCAGUUGCAAGAAAAGGUGCAGUCUCUAGUGCCCUUUAUAUGGCUUGGACAGAGGCUCUCUCUAAAGACCUGCCACCAAUCCUUCUUGUCCGCGGGAAUCAUCAGAGUGUCCUUACAUUCUACUCCUAAGCACUCCCGACCACACAUCCCCGAGGAAACGGUACGCCAGCAACUGGAGUGCAGGUGUCAUCAUAUUCUCUGCAUCCUUGAUUGGCAGAACUUGACUCUUUCUUUUCAUGAUUCCAUAGACUUGAAAGCACACAAAAGGAAAUUACUGUAUUUCCAUGGUCUGGAAAUCAGCAGUUGUACUGCUUCUGUUACAUAAGAGAUGGAUCUUGGCUUCAUAAGGGAGAUUCCUAUGUUUGGGACUGUAAUACAUGGAAAUUAGUUUCUCUGCUACUUGAACAGCAGCAAUAAAAGUGUGAUUGUUUUUAUUUUGACCAGUGAAAGGAUUCUAGAUUUGUAAAGCCUUUAGCCUCGAGGUGCCUUUAUUAAAAUUAACCAAAUUUCACCCAUACCCCUUUUUUAUAUACUUGUAUAGAUUGUACAAAUCUGCCUUCAACUAGGACUUUAGAACAAAAACUUCUAGACUCUUCCAUCCUGACGAUAACUUAUGCUGCUUCUCCGUCUUCCAUCAAGCUAUUCAUACCUGUGAUAUGUCUUAAAUGUUUGGUUUUUUUAAGUGUCUGUGAGAUAAAUGCACAGGGUCGAGCAAUGGACAAGUCAGUUAUUUCAAUAAUAAAAACAAAACCAGUUUUGAUGUAUUUGGAAGGUUAACGGAUAUUUUGUAGUAUUACUGUGGGGUAGCCUUUAUUUUACCCCAGCAUUGAGAAACUAUAUCUGUAGCAUUGCUUUUCUUUUAUAUGACUUGUAUAUGCAAGUGCCCUGAGAAAUUAUUAUAGCAAGAAAAAAAAAUUUGUGCCCAUAUAGUUUAUAUUAACUAAAGAAGGCCAACCUUUGAGCCGGUGAGGUUCAUUGUAAUCAUUUCUAAUAAAGACUUAUUUCCUCUCCUGCGA